CGCUGCCAGUUUCCUUUCAUUGGGAGUUGUUCGUUUCACCGUGCGUUGAGUGGACUUCCAUAGCUGUUGUCCAUGGAGGACAUACAAUUUUCUUGCGUGGCGGCGGACGGCUCCGUGCCACAUCGUCGAGAACUGUCCCAGCGUGAGAAACGCUUGGGGGUUACAGCGUUGCUCGCCGUGUCGACACAUCUGCAGCACACAGCGGCAUUAUGGUGCAGUCCGGCGAGAAGAGUUGGGGUGAGGGAGGCCAUCGCCACGCACGCCAUGGCGGAUUCGAAUUCGUCCGCCACUGUUUGGGAUGCGUCGUUCCUUAUGGCGAAUUCCAUUGUGUCGGGUGUCCUUCCUAGGGAGACGCCACGGUGGUGGAUCCGGAGGAGAACCGGCGGAACAUGGCAAGAUCUCAUAAUUGAUGAUGACGCCACAGAGGACUAUUUCCAUGAGAAGCUACGAAUGACGAGAGGGGCGUUCUACGACAUCGUCGCCGCCUGCACUCCUUUUCUUCAACAGUCCCUCACUCAUUACCGCACUCCACUGAUGCCGGAGCAGCUGGUGGCGUUCGCUCUGUACAGGUGGGCGAGCGGCGAGACGUUUGACAGUGCAACGCCGUCAUUUGGGAUGGGGCGGUCGAGUGGUAUCAAGGCGGUGAGGGACGUGACGAGCGCUAUCUUGUCUGCGUAUCCGGAGAAGAUAGCGAUGCCAACAGGUCGGCGGUUGCUGCAGGUUACACGAGCGUUUGCAGCAAAGGGAUUCCCAAACUGUUUUGGUUGCAUGGACUGCAGUCACGUGUACGUCGACAAGCCAACAAAUGCGCCAGCGGAGAACUAUUUCAAUGGAAAGCAGCAGUACUUUGUCAUUGCUCAAGUAGUCGUCGACGACCUCGACAUGCGUGUGCUGGAUGUUCACAUGGGGUAUUAGGGCAGCGUCCACGACGCCAGGGUUUUGAUAAAUUCGUCACUGUACA